ACUUGUGUGUGUGUGUCGCUGUACUACAUCACAGUGACGUCCUGUGCGGUCAUUCACGCCACAGAAGCCCUAACUGUUAAAAUCCAACAAUCAGCUGUGAUCACACCCGCUGUAUGUGACAGCUUUUAGGCUGAGCGAGAGAGAGAGACACGGGAGAAGAGAAGAGAAACGGCAUCAUCACCACCACCAUCAUCAUCUUCACCAUCAUCAUGCAGCGGAGCAGUGCAGUGGUGGUGGUGGCGGAUAAAACCACCAUGAAAAGGCCGUUUAUCUUUGCAAACGCUAUGCAUAUGGCGCUGUGCUCCUUCAUGCUGACGAUGACGGUCGCUUGGCACCGAGACCUGGUACAAACUGGCAAACUGGUGUCCAAUGUCUCCGUGGUAUUAAUGUACGUCAUAGAGAUCGGCUGCCUGCUGCUCUCAGUGCUCGGUGUGUUUGGAGCUUGUAAAGGAAAAAGAUGGUGCUUAAUUCUGUAUGCAACUGGGAUGGCGGCAGCCAGUCAAACAAUAAUCGUUAGGACGGCGCUAAGUUACCAAGAAAUUUACGAGAAACGUGUGAUACGUGAAGAGUCCAAGCUGCGGGCCAUGAUGCCGCUCACUGGAACCAGCAAAGCCAACAGGACCCUGUUGUACAGUAUUCAAGAAGAAUUCGAGUGCUGCGGUCUUAUUGACGGCUAUAAAGACUGGGGCUCUUUCAUCCCGGCCUCCUGUAACUGUCAGUAUCCAGGGAAAUGUAUUCGAUUACGGGGCAGCGCCACACUCGGGGCUCCAAAGAAUCACUAUGUUUAUCGAGAGCCUUGUCUGCCGAUCUAUGUCUCGGAGUUAAAGCUUGCAUUUUCCCUGGCGAUGGCGAUACAGUUCGGAAGCGGAGUGUUUUGGAUGGUUUUACUUGUGAUGAGCAUCAAGCUGAUGGGCCAGAUCAAAAGGAAAGAGGAGUUCAUGGCUCUCCUCCAUUCAAACAGAUAUGUCCCCGGUGCCUUCUAGUAAACCUCGUACCUUUUUAAUACAUAAAUAUUUAAAAUGAUGAUCAAGUGUACCUGUUUGAAUUUGCACAUGUAAACACAUUAUGCUGUAUGCCAUAACCUAGCUAUAUUUUGUGCUAUAGCAACAUGUUAUGUUUUCUUUGUGUGUGUGUGUGUGUGUGUGUGUGUUAAUGCAUGUAAUUAAUGCUGAAAAAUAAUCGACAUGCAUAGAUUCAUUUUAAAUGAAUUUUUAUUCGCACAUGCUUUUGGCAAGGUUCUUCCAGAUUAAAUAUAUAACCAAGAAUUAAAAUAAAUAUACAUAUAUACUUUUUGUUAUUUACAGGAAGUGUAAUCUGACAUGAUUUAUCUCCCUUGCCUUCACAUCUGUGACUAUUAAUCCAACAAUCUCGGACGCUAUGCACGCUAAAAAACGCGCUCGACUUCUUUUGAACAAAUAGUUGCGAAUAUUUCUACUCGUCCAAAAGCACACUCUUUGAAUUGUCAGCACUACGAGCAGUAUUAAUAACCUCCAUGUAGCGUCUUUCUUAAACGGUGUUUACAAAGUGCUCGGAAAAAAACACACGCGAUUAUUUAUUUACUUACCUUAACGUGGCGACGCAUUUUUCUUGGGUUAAUGAUCAGGUUAGACGUGUAGGAAUGAGUUCCCCUGAGCUCUCGCUGGCGAUUCCAGAAUGUCUUGAUGCCUUGUUAUUAUGCACAUUGUAUACCUGAAACUUAAUCACUCCAUUUUGUUUUUGUUUGUUUGUUGUUUUUUUUCCUUGAAGCACAUUAACGACGUACGCGACAUGUCCAUUCAGAGGAGACGGGGGAUUCUGUUUGGUUGCACAAUCGGUAGACACGGCAGUAAAUCCUUAGUGAAUUCUCGUCUUGAAUGUGAUUUUUUUUUAAUUUUUUUGGCGAGGCCACUGCAGACGAGACAGGCGGUGGGGGAGUGUUUUUAGCAGAGGUCGUACUGUCCCACCUGAUGCCACUCAUGACAUCCAAGAAGCCUUUUUCCAAGCCAUCGUUCACUGCACGAGCUGCCUGCCGUUAAAAUGUCUUUUUUUUUUUUUGACAAAAUGUACUAUCAGAGGAGUUCAUCACACGAAACAGCAGGUCCGAUGUCUACCUGUGCACUUUAGCCAUUAAUGCCUAAAUUACAGUACAUGUUCUGUGUAGUAUGGGAUUUUCAUGUGUCAUGUGCAUUUUUUUUUUUUCCUAAUCUAUGGAAUGGAAGUGUCAUGUAAAAUUUUGUAAAUAUCAGGAAUAAACGACGCAAUUCUUCUAUCACUGA